AUGUCAGAAGGCAACACUCAACCGCCAAAUGGCAUUCCAGAGUCCUCCAAUGCGGAGACAUACCAUGUCCCAGAGGCACUCUUAAAAAAGCACCCAAAGAGCCCUCAUAUCGGGUCCAUGGAUGAGUACAAGCAAAUGUACAAGGAGUCCAUCGCUGAGCCUGACAAGUUCUGGGGGAAAAUGGCACGCGAUCUCCUCACCUGGGAGCGCGAUUUCCAGACCGUUCGCUCAGGAACUCUAGCUGGCGGCGACACCGCCUGGUUCACCGAGGGAAGGCUCAAUGCAUCAUACAACUGUGUGGAUCGCCAUGCGAUCAAGAAUCCCGACAAGCCAGCCAUCAUCUACGAGGCUGACGAAAAGGGCGAGGGCCGCACCAUCACCUAUGGCGAGCUCCUGCGUGAGGUGUCCAGGCUUUCUUGGGUGCUCAAACAAAUGGGCGUGCAAAAGGGCGACACUGUUGCCCUGUACUUGCCCAUGAUUCCAGAGGCAUUGGUCGCUUUCUUGGCUUGCACGCGUAUUGGUGCAGUUCAUUCUGUUGUCUUUGCUGGAUUCAGUGCCGACUCGCUCCGCGAUCGAAUCAUCGAUGCCAGUUCCAAGGUGGUCAUCACCUCAGACGAGGGCAAGCGUGGAGGCAAGCUCAUCGGCACCAAGAAGAUUGUCGACGAUGCUUUGAAGCAGUGCCCCAACGUCACCCACUGCCUUGUCUACCAACGCACCGGUGCAGAGGUGCCAUGGACCGAGGGACGAGACUACUGGUGGCACGAGGAAAUGGAGAAGUGGCCAGCGUACUACCCACCAGAGAGCAUGAGCUCCGAGGACCCUCUAUUCUUGCUCUACACUUCUGGAUCGACUGGAAAGCCAAAGGGUGUCAUGCAUACGACCGCAGGCUACCUUCUCGGGGCCGCAGCAACUGGUAAAUACGUCUUUGACAUCCACGAGAAUGACAAGUUCUUCUGCGGUGGUGAUGUUGGCUGGAUCACAGGCCACACCUACGUCGUAUACGCUCCAUUGGUUCUUGGUGUUGCCACUGUUGUAUUCGAGGGCACUCCAGCAUACCCCGACUUCAGCAGGUACUGGGACAUUUGCGAAAAGUACGAAGUUACCCAAUUCUACGUGGCACCAACUGCGCUACGUCUACUCAAGCGUGCAGGAGACGAGCAUGUCAAGGCCCAGAUGAAGAGCCUUCGUGUCCUCGGCUCCGUCGGCGAGCCCAUUGCUAAAGAGGUUUGGAAAUGGUACCACGAGAUUGUCGGAAAGGAGGAGGCACACAUUGUGGACACAUACUGGCAAACCGAGACCGGCUCUCACGUCAUCACUCCUCUCGGAGGUGUUACUCCCACGAAGCCCGGUUCGGCAUCUCUACCUUUCUUCGGCGUCGAGCCCGCGAUCAUCGACCCAGUCAGCGGCGAGGAGCUCAAUGGCAACGAUGUCGAGGGUGUGCUCGCCUUCAAGCAGGCAUGGCCAUCAAUGGCCCGUACGGUCUACGGCGCACACAAGAGAUAUAUGGACACCUACCUGAACGUCUACAAGGGAUACUACUUCACGGGUGACGGAGCAGCACGAGACUCCGAGGGCUACUAUUGGAUCCGCGGCCGUGUCGACGACGUCGUCAACGUCUCCGGCCACCGUCUCAGCACAGCCGAGAUCGAAGCCGCACUCAUCGAGCACUCCGCAGUCGGAGAGGCCGCCGUUGUCGGGAUCAACGACGAACUCACCGGCCAGGCCGUCAACGCUUUCGUAUCCAUCAAAGACGGACACGACAUCAACGACCAACUCAAGAAAGACCUCAUUCUGCAAGUGCGGAAAUCCAUUGGACCAUUCGCUGCUCCCAAGGCGAUUUUCAUCAUUCCAGAUUUGCCCAAGACUCGUUCUGGAAAGAUUAUGCGUCGUAUUCUGAGAAAGAUCCUUGCGGGCGAGGAGGACCAGCUCGGUGAUACUUCUACCCUCGCAGACCCGUCCGUGGUGGAUAAGAUCAUCGAGACAGUCAAGGAGGGCAAGAAGUAG